GUGGCAAAGCACAGACUUCCUGUUUCACCCACUGGCAUCUCCCUGCUGUUCUCUCAGUCUUCCGGGAGUGAUCCCUGGCCCGGCCCCUGGACCGGGAAAGGGGCAGGAGCAGGUGGCUGACCGAGCAUCCAGGAUGUUCACCAUGACCAGGGCCUUAGAAGAGGCUCUUCUCCAGCACUUCGUAUACCAGAAGCUGGAGAUUGCUUAUGCCAUAUACAAGCCAUUUCCCUUCCUCGAAGGCCUCCGAGACAGCUCCUUCAUCACAGAGACAAUAUACCGGGAAUCCAUGGAAGCUUGUAGAAAUCAUGUCCCUGUACCCAGAGUGGUGUACAACAUCCUCACCCACCUGGAAAAGACCUCCAAUCUGUCAUUUCUGGAGAUGCUGUUCAGCCGAAUUAACCUGCGUGAAUACCCCAACCUGACGAUGAUUCUCAAGGGCUUCAGAAGUGUUGUCAAUUCCUACGGAGGAUGGAACAGAGCUGCACCGACCCUCCUCGAAACUCCAGCCAACGCAGCAGAAGGGCGCUCUGUCCAGACGCUGCUGCUGCUGCCCCCACCCCAGAGCCACCCACCCCAUGCUCCCAAUGUCACUGAGCCCAGCGCAUCCACACAGCACAGUGCUGAGAUCACGGGCGAAACAUCCAGCCCUUCUGACCCUGCCGUGGCUCUCCCCAGAACCACCCAGGAAGGAAGGAUCACUCCAGAAGACUCACAAGAGAUGCCUGGCACUCCUCCCGACACUGUGCAAGUGAUAACAGAUGACUCUCCUGAACCAAAUGACCCCAAAGAGCUCCAGGAGGCAUCCAGCACACCUCCCAACAAGAAAGGAAAGAAAAGAAAAAGAAGUAUCUGGUCAACUCCAAAAAAGAGACGUCAGAAAAAAAGCCUCCCAAAAGGGAGAACCUCACCUCGGCACAGAAGCCAAGAGAAGCUCCAAGUGGUGGAUCAGGCAACUCAAAGGAAGGAUGAUUCACCCAGGAAGUCAAAUGUCAUGACAAGUGUCCAAAAGGCAAGCACCGAAUGUGCCCAAACCUCCGGACCAGAGGAAACCAGUGAUGACUCUUCAGAAAUGAAAGAAGAAAAGAGCCCCCAGGAGCCACCCAGCGCACCACCAAGCAUCCUGCCUGAUCCAACAAAUAAUGGAAAUAAACCAUCUUUGGGAAAAUCUGGGGAAACACGAAAGAGGACAGAAAAAUACAACCUGCCAUCUUCAAAAAGAAGACAGGAAAAAAAGCUCCCAAGAAGAAAACUUCACAUUUAG